CGAUAUAUGAAGCUCGAGUUCACAAUAUAAACAUUACAUUCUUAAAGUCAUGAUUAUUUAUGGCGUUUAUAUAGUUAAUAAGUCGGGCGGCCUUAUCUUCAACUUGGACAACAAUGUGCCCCGCAUAGAGCAUGAGAAAACAUUCACAUACCCGCUGGACCUUGUCUUGGACUACGAUGCGAAGAAAGUGUCGGUGGCAUUUAACCGAAAGGAUGGCAUUAAUGUGGGUCAUGUGCUGGUCGCCAUCAAUGGUGUGCCCGUCAACGGAGUCAAGUUGGAAGAUGGGCGGGACGUAAAGGCCACACUAGAAGCGACUGAAAACUAUCCCAUUAAUCUGAAUUUCAGUCGUCCCAAAAUGACCACCAACGAAAAAAUCUUCCUCGCUAGUAUGUUCUACCCACUGUUUGCUAUUGCCAGCCAAUUGAGUCCCGAGCCAAAGAGUUCCGGCAUCGAGUUGCUGGAGGCCGAUACCUUUACCCUGCACUGUUUUCAGACCCUGACGGGGGUCAAGUUUAUCGUGAUUUCGGAGACCGGACUGAAUGGCAUGGAUCUGCUUCUGCGCAAGGUCUACGAACUGUAUUCAGACUAUGUUCUUAAGAACCCAUUUUACUCACUGGAAAUGCCCAUACGCUGUGAAUUGUUUGAUACCAAACUGCAGGAACUGCUGAGUCAGGUGGAAAAGACGGGCAUUAGCAAUAUCGAUAAAUAAAUGUUAAAUAUAAAUUGUUAUUUUAAUAGUUA